GACCAGAGAGACCAACUCUGAGAGAGAGACAUGUCGUUAUUCCGGUUGCCAUUGGUCCAGCUGAAUUCUGCCACUGUGAAGAAGGGGACAAUGUUUAUGAAACUCAAUGAGCAAUUCUUCACAUACUGUACAUAUUUAUGAACGAGACUUAGCUUCAGGCGCUUCGAACUCUGUGCUGUCUAAGGAUCUGAAAGUCAAGCCUGUGGGAAGUGGUUGAGAGUGUGAUGCAAUAAAUAGUCAGCAUUUCCUGAUUGUUACUGGGAGACAGAAACCGUGUGCAUAUAGGAGCAAAGGAAUGAACAGAGCAAAGCUGUCUUCGCAGAUCUGGGAGUAAAGGAAACAUUUUGACUUACCUACCACAAACAGCAAAAUUCAAGGAAGUUCCUUGAAAGACGCUUAAGGGGGCCCACCAUGAUCCUCCCAUUCCUGGCCCUGUUCUGCGUGGGGCUGUGUGCUGGCCAAGGAUACAUAAGAGAUGAGCCCCUCCCCAGGCCCUCCAUCCACGCCUGGCCCAGCUCGGUGGUUCCCACCCACGGUAAUGUGACGCUGCGAUGCUCCACUCCCACCAGGGGGGUCAACUUCGUUCUCAGAAGGGGAAGAAUUACCGUGGCGUCCUCUCUAUCUCCUGAGUCCCCAAAGGGCCUGGCGGAAUUUCACCUCACUGAUCUACAGAACAGUCACUCUGGAGAGUACACCUGUGACUAUUACAGAAGAAAGAGACCCAAUGUAAGGUCACCGCCGAGUGAUGUCCUUCUACUCCUGGUGACAGGAUAUUUACCUAAACCUUCCCUCCAAGCCCACCAAAGGGGUAAUGUGACCGCAGGACAAAACGUGAUUCUGCAGUGCCAGCAGCCUCGCCAUGGGAUUGAGUCUAACGUGUUUGCUCUACUGAAGAAAGGAACUUCAACACCCAUAAAGAUCCAGAGUCUAGAAGGACAGAAGACAGACUUCUACCUCCACAAUGUGACAGUCUGUGAUACUGGGGACUACAGCUGUGUGUACUACCAAACAAGGGCUCCUUUCUGGGCCUCAGAGCCUAGUGAUCCGCUGGCGAUCUGGGUGACAGAUGAGACGGAGUCUUCCAAGAGAAAAAGAAAAACACUAGGCACCACUGCGAUCAUCCUCACUGUCACCUGCACCGUCAUCAGCCUCCUUGCAGCCUUCCUCAUCGGCAGGAACACCCUCAGUAGGGCAGCUCUUAGCAAGAUGACCAAAAGUUCUCAUUCUUCUAAGAAAGCUGAAGACGUGGUGACAGAUGCAUCUCCAGCUACGAAGAGCUACUCUCCUGCCUUGGAUAAAGGAUCUCAGGUGUCAAGAGCUGGAGAACCUUAUGAAGUGAUGUACGCUGAGCUGGACACCAAAGCCCUGAGCGAGGGUAUUUCCAGCCGGGUGAAGCAGCCUCUGGAAGCCUGUGUGUACUCAGCCCUUAAGACAUAGCCAGGAGAAGACCUGGAUCCAGGAAGAACCUCCAGGGAGAUGGUCGAUGGGGCACAGGCCCCUUGCGCGACUCCGCAAAUGAGGAUACUUCCCCUUAAAUCUCCAAUUUUGAUCCCUUCUUCUAAAACAUUAAAAUUUUUUUGAA